AUGAAUGAACCAUGGUUACAAGGGAGUAGAGAAGGUUGCUUGACGGGUCCUCAAAAUCAAGGUGUGUAUACUUUAACCGUUAAUGAUAUUUUGUUGACUAAUGUUAAACAAUGGAAUAUGGGAGUUUUAUGUGAUUUGUUUGACUAUUCAGUGGUUCGAGAUAUUUUACAAGUUCCGUUGACAAAAGAAGUGGUUGAAGAUCGUAUGGUCUGGAAGGAUGAUGUUAACGGUAAUUAUAGUGUUCGGUCGAGAUAUAGAAUUUGGAGGAAGCAUCAGGAAAGUGGUGGUUCGGUUAAGGAAGGAGUAAACUGGAGUAACCUUUGGAAUAUAAAAGCUCCGACUCGAGUGAAACAUCUUCUUUGGAGGAUUUGUAGCGAUUGUCUCCCAUCUAAGUCGGCAAGUCUUACUGAUAUCAUCUCUCCUCGUCUCCAUAAUUUCCAAGAUCUCAGGUCCCUUAUCUUUGAUAUUUGUAUGAAGGAGAAUAGGAGUAUCGCGGGAAGAGUGGCGGUUAUGUUGGAAAGAGUUAUGGAAGAAUAG